AUGGCAGCUGUGCCACCAGCCGCUGUUCUUCUUCGACCGAUAGAAAAUAUUUUCGGUAUACUUCAUGAUACUCUGAUAAAAUCUAUGGUACACGAGGGGACCCAUGAAGCACUCCAUGCUCUUGUUGACCUUGAGAGAGGUGCCAUCGGCCUGCACACGAUGGGUGUCAUACGAACCGGAAUGACAGCUGCCGUGAGAGCUCUUGCACAGAGUCUGUAUAUUCAUAAUCAUCAUCCUAAUCAUGCUGCCAUGCUCGCAGUACCAGGUGGUCCAGUUGCUCUACCAGGACCAGGUCCAGCAUCAACCGCAUGGGAUGAGAUAAUAGACGCUGGUUGUGUCCAAUGUUUUCACUUCCUGGUGAGAAACAAUAUCAUUUCGGUAAAUGGAUAUACCAAUGCACUGCAGGGUUAUAUGUUACAUGCGGCUGAAAAUAACCCGGUUUCUAAACCGAUCAUGGCAUAUAUCGCGGCCAAGAUACCCCUAGCAGACUAUACGGUUCCCCAGUCACUUACCGAUCCCACUUUGACUACUUUUGUAGUUGGCCUUAUGGAAGAACCUUCGAUGUGGGCUACAGUGGGAAGAAUAGCUGCGCCUCCGCCGGCUUUGCAUCCUGGGAAUGACCUUAGCACUUGGGUAGAUGAUCACCAUUUCCUAGAGAUGGGUUCAUGGAUUAAUGUGGCUGCUGCUAAUGCACUUCUGAUGUUAAAUAUUCACGUUGGUAGGGGGACCCAUGCGGGCCAUACGAUAUGGGGGAGUGUUAUCGCUUCGCGGAAUCCACAAAGAGGCAGCAUGCUUCAGUGGCUCUAUAACCAUCCUGCUCCAGUGACUGCGUUGAAUCCAACGGGGUUUUUGAUUAACUCAUUAUCUAAUACUCCUGGUCUAGAUCCGCCCUUACCUGGUCACUGGCCACCGUGGGGUAUUGCUAUGGCGUUAGGAGAUAAGACGUCUGCUACUAUACUUACCCGGAUGGCCGGUUUAAAUACUGUCGCGAGUGGUCUUGGGAUACCCGGGAUUGCAGGAACAAUGACAGCUGCAGACAGGCUUGCUGAUGCACGCGGCGAUAUUGAUGCUACGCUUAUGCCAGUCGGCUAUGCGGGGACGAUCCAGGCCUGGACACGAGAAAAGUCGCAGCAGAAGAAGCGAAAGAACCAAAUAGCUAUUCGAAUGAUAAAAGUCAUUCUCUCAAGGGGCUUUCGACGUUUCACGGCGAGCAAUGUUUUGGACAGGCGAAUGCCAACAAUGAUGAGAGAGAUGAUGGAGGAUCCGAGGUAUCAAAGGUUUCUUGUCCUUAUCAGAAUAGACCAAGCUUAUGGACUCUAUCCUGGGAUGGCAGAUGUGAUAUUGCAGCUGGAUGGCCGAUCUAGGGAUACUCGCUCUGGAAGGCAUCUGGACUUGAAUGACUAA